UGGAACCUCUAUUUGGCGUAGGUAUUUAGUCUGGUCUCGUUCUCUCUGAGAUUCAUAGUGCUAAGAGUCUGUCUUUGUCAUAACAUUGUUUGGUUUGUUAAACUGUGGUAAGUUGUAAAUAUUAUUCAUGAUUUCUAACAUGUGUUUUUUAAGUAAUUUUAAUUAGUUUGUUGGUUCUAAAACUGAGUAAUCUUUUCGAUUUUUGGUUGGUUCACCAGAAGUCUUGUCAACUACUCAACACUGUGUUUCUUUUUUCAAUAUCAUCAUUUUCUUGGUCUCCUUACUGAUAACUGAGGCCCACAGGUCGUUCUCUCAUGAUCAGUUCUCGGAAGAUACCAAACAUUCCCUCCAGUCUCUUGCCUGCCUGUAACAAUGGCACUCCUCCUAUGACACGAAAAUUUUAUAAUUUUCACCAAUUUUCUCUUGUUUUUGUUUUUUUUUUGGUAGUUUAGCAACCUCACUAUACAUUAAUUAUGUUGCGAUUUUUUGUAAAUACAGCUAUAACACUAGUUAUACGUUAAGAAUCCUUUUCUAAAACAUUUUUUUUUUCUAUUUUGCCCGUUUAAACCAGAAUUAAAUUACAAUAAUUCGCGCGCUUGGAAGAUAGCCAACGAGGCGCACAGCUAAGUCGUGGUGUCAUAUUCUUCAUGUUCAUUUCUUUUUUAGUUUUUAAAUUUAUCUCCUUCACCCUAAACAAUCAUUUAUAUUUCAUACUUUAGUAUCUUGUUUUUAUUUCUUGCUUUUGUUUUAAGAAUUCAAGUUCUUAGACGGACUUCAGUUUCUUAUUUAUUUAUUUAUUUCUUCAGUUAUUUCAACAACACUUUAACGUAAAAAAAACGGUUACAAAAGUGGCGAAGGAACUUGUAAAAAAAAUUACGACAAAAAUGACAAGAUUCACAAAAAGAUAUCAUUACGCCUUAGCAUAAGAAAUAAAAGAUAAACAAUGAAGAAACGCCAAAAGGCUUAACAGAGGCAGAAUUUGUUGUAAAAAGAAAAGCAUGCCAAUUUAUUCUAGCGAGAUUAUAAGGGGUAUAUGGGAUGGGCGGCGCCAAAAGAGAGUUUUAACUCUGUUAAUAUGCCGUUUAGAAAAGUACAUUUUUUAGGUAGGGACUGAUUAGCGGUGUACGUGUAUUCUGUGGAUCGAUUUGACAUAUCUAAGAUAUCCAUAUAACUUACUUCUUCUCCAGAGUGAUUUAAGAGCAGAAAGAAUACUACAGCUAAGUCAAUGGUUAAAUCUUUAAGUCGUUUUUGUUCUGCAGCUCUUGAAGUGUGAAAAAUUGUCAUUGUUGCCUUUCAGGUGUUUUAUUUUCCUAAUACCUCUGCAUUCCCAUUCCCUAUCGUAAAUGGGGGCAUUGUUGAUUCGCACCAGGGAGUUGAACCGUUGGUUUUGUUCAUGAAACUGUCUUUCGGAUGUUGAUUGUUGUUCAAAGUUGAUAUUUGACCAGAUUAGUGGAAUUUCCUUUAAAAAGUGGUCUGUUAUGUUUAAGCCCUUGAUUGUGUCCAUUUUUGUUAAUGUUGCCAGUGAAAGGAAGGCCGUAGCCAAGUCUUUUAAAAGCUUUAAAGCCUUAUAACCUUGACGAUUUUAUACGUAGAAGAAUGUCAGACCACAACAAGAUAACAUUUGCCAUAACAUAUCUUCCCAUGUCACAUCUAGGGUGAUGACGUCAUCAGUCACGUGACUAUUUCCGAAUUAGGUUUUUUGUUGCUGUGACAAUAUUUCAUUAUUAGGUUAAAAACAAAUAGCUUAUUUGAGGUUUUGGUUGUGUGGGGCAUUUUAUAAAUAACCAAUUGACGUCCGGCAUUUAAAAUUUAAGGGGGUAAUGAACAUUAGCGAAAAAGUCGGGAGACUAGGCCGAGGGUUGUAGAAAGUUGACCUUUCAUCACACGGCAGAGAAAAUUUGCAGGAAAGUAAUGUUCUACCUGAUAAUUUUUUUUAAUUACCAAAAGAGGGACAUGCCGUCAUCAAUCACGUGAUCAGAGCGUUUUGAAUAUUUUAGCUCCUUUUUAAAGUACAUUUUUCACCAUAAAUUGGUAAGUUCUUGUUUUUUCUCUCUACAAAUCUUUACACUGUAUUACCCGUGCGAGAAAAAAUGCUGAUUUUCACUUUCUCAUAGAUAGUCAAAUAAUUGAUGUUGUACAAGAGUGCACUUACUUAGGAACUCGAAUGUCCUCAUCGGGAAAUUUUUCAGUGUCACGUGAACAUCUCAAGGAGAAAGCUCUUCAAGCCCUCUCCAGCUUGAUACGACACACGAAUCUUAGCAAAAUAAAAGCACCUCUCGCCUGUAAAAUAUUUGAUACUAUGAUCUCCCCUAUUCUAACAUAUAACAGUGAAGUUUGGGAUGUGUAUGCUAAACCAGAUUUUAAGACCUGGGACGGCUCACAAAUCGAGAAGGCACACCUUCAAUUUUGUAAACGAUACUUGGAGGUAGCCAAAAAGGCUUCUAAUAUAGCUUGUAGAGCAGAGCUUGGUCGUUUUCCUCAAAAUAUCACAAUCAAUCAAAAAAUUCCGAAACACAUUUUGUAUAUACAGUCUAAAGAUGAGGAAUCUCUCGUCAAACAAUAUUUUUUAACGUCAUUCGACUUACACUGUAAUGGCAAAAAUAGCUUCCACUCUCAUUUAAUGAAUAUGUCAGAAUACUUUAAGCUUCCUGACUUUAACCCUGAUUUAUUAGAUAUAGCUAUGGUAAAAAGCUAUAUAAGUUCAAUGAAACAGGAAUAUAUCUCCAUUUUGGCAACACCCUUCAACAUUCUCAAAAACUUGGAUUUUGUGGAUCUUUUAUGCCCCAUGCUUGUUCUCCCAAUCAUUAACUAAUAGUUAGGCCAAGUACAUUGCUGUGGCUAAGCUCUGUUUGCUGUAAUGAGAUGCACUACACAACACUAAAAUAUGCCAUAUUUUGGCCACCUGAGUGGCCGUUUAUUCUUUAACAAGAUUUCCAGAAAAUACAAGGCAGAAACUAAUUAUCCAAUUACAGCAAAGGUGAGGGCAAAAACCGCCAAAGCCCUGAUCGAACGUGAGAGACAGGGCAGCCCCACCCGAAGCCACAUAAAUGUACUCGGCCCGUACCUGUAAUAUUAACGAGGAGAUAAACUGUAACUAAUAGUAUACUAGAACACCCUUGUGGCCCUUGCACACUUGUUUGGGUGAUGUAAAGAAAUUAACUCUACACUGUACUACCACGUCGCCCAUGCAAACGUGGUAGAAGGUAAAAAAAGUAACUUAUACUUAUCUGCACUAUGUCAGCCACUGGUCAAUUGGCCCAUGCACAAUUGCUCAGUGCUGAUUCUUAGAAAAUUUUAGGCGUCUUAAACACUACACUGUACUUGAAUGCAGUGUAGAAAGGGUGGCCCCUGCACAACCCUUUCUCACCACCUAAGAACUGGGUACAAAAAUUUAGAGUUAGAACCCUGGCCUAUGUUGUUGAAGGGAAGGCCCCUGCACAACCCUUCCAACCUAUGGCUACAAUGGGCACAUGGCAACAUAUUCCACAGUCAUGUGGACAGCGAAGGUAUUCUGAUAUAUCGUAAGAAAGCAUUAGAAUUCCACCGGCCAAAACUUCUGAUCUGGGCAUCCGAGAAGCCCUUUGCUGCUGCCCAUGAGGCUGCUCCGAUUCUGAAACUAUGAGACUUAUAUUUGGAGACAUCCAGAUUGCAGAAAUUAAGCGCUGCAGUUAGUGCAGAUGUGAAAAACGAACGAGAAAUAGGGGAAGCGUCAGGCCAGCAAAAAAGUGGGCCUGGGAAAUUGCCCCGAAGAUUCAAAUAUGCUAGCAGCAAUGAUACAGGACAGACAGGCUGCUCUCUGUAAAGAAAAAGAUCUACGGGCUUUGAAGUAUCGCUGUGCUUGUAAUUUCUCAGGGUUAACUUAAUAGCACUAAUUGAUCCCUCCCUAGUUUCCAUGAAUGUAAUUUGAUUCAAAAGGAUUAAAUUGCGCUGGGACUGAUGAGCGCGGUAUGUCAAUUCCCCAACCCUCAAUGCUGCAAAAAAGGCAAAGGCAUACAUUGCUUGAGUCAUCUUUCUGUAAUAUAAUGCAGACUGCGUGUGAUCACUAGCCGCAAUAAUGUUCUCCAGUAUUGGCAGUGAAAUUGGUAAACGCACAUCGAAUGAUGGGUUGAGCUUACUGUACCCCCUAAGCGCUAUUUGUAUCAUGUCUGCCUUUGUUGGAUCUGAUAGGGAGGCUAAGCGAUGCGGAUAUCUCAAGGCCGAGAUGUAAGUCAAGACAGUAGAGGCUGCAUAUUUCUGUUCCGCUAGAAAGGCAAUGAAGAGUGCUAAAGUGUUUAUCGAAAGAGGAAAAACUGGGCCUAGAUAUCCCAGCCUAUCUUGCUGAAAUUGGUAUAAGAGCUGCCAUGGGCGCUGGUAUGUACGCACCGAAGACGAACUUAAACUUGCUUCUAACAAUUGCUUUAACCUACUUCCCAAUUCUCUGGAAGCAGAUGCGCCGGAAUCUGUGUUGGAGAUGUUUGCAUACCUGUACCCCUCGAUAUGGUUUUGAAUUUGCCCACCUGCAAACGAGACAAGCUGUCAGCCAUUUCAUUCUUAACUCCGGGAAUAUGACGCGCUUUGAAUAAGAUGUUGUUUUGCAAACACACCAGUACUAAUUUGCGCAAAAGACCCAACAACAUUGCAUCUUUGGUCGUUUGUUUGUUGAUGACAUGCACUAAGCUUUCGUUAUCGGUCAUGAAAAGAACCCGUUUGUUUCGUAAUUCCGGACACCACAUACUAAGCCCAAUUACAAUAGGAAAGAAUUCGAGAAAGCAAAUGUUAUAUCUCUUCCAUUUCUCCGGCCAUGUGCCAUAUGCCCAUUGAUCACCGAAAAGUAUACCGAAGCCACUGCUCUGAGCAGCAUCUGUGUAUAAUCUUAAGCUAUGAGAUGAAGACCAGUCUUCCUGUAGAAAAAGGGACCUACCAUUAAAGGACUCCAAAAAGCAUUCCCAGAUUUGUAAAUCCUUUUUGGUUUGUUGGGUGAGGCGAAUAUAAUGAUGAGGCCGUUUAACACCGACUGUUAAAUUAAUCAGGCGACGGAGAAAUGCUCUCCCUGGAACAACUACUGAACAUGCAAAGUUGAGCAAGCCUAUCAAUGACUGCAACUCUCUCAGGGUAACUUUCCGUCUGCCUUUCAUGUUGCCAAUAGUCGCCCUUGCUUUGACUACUUUGUCCGCAGGAAGUCUGGCCUCAAAUCUCUCACAAUCUAGUUCUAUUCCCGCGAAUGUUAAAACUUCAAAAGGACCAACCGUUUUUUCAGGAGCCAUUGGAACCCCUAUAGUGUUGCAGAAGUCCAAAAACCUUUGAAGACUAGCACUGCAGGCUGCACGAGAUUUUUCAACGAUAAGAAAAUCAUCCAAGAUAUGGAUUAUGUUUGGAAUCUUCAGUUUUGUUUGUGCUACCCAUUCCAUUGCUGUGCUAAGGCUUUCAAAGGUUUUGCAUGAACUUGCACACCCCAUAGGUAAACAACAAUCUACAUAAUAUUUCCCUUUCCAGUGUAACCCCAACAAAUGAUAAUCCGCAGGGUGUACAGGAAUUAUCCGAAAAGCACUUGUAACAUCAGUCUUAGCCAUAGCACAUCCUUUACCUAAACGCCUAAUAAUUUGAACUGCAUUAUCAACUGUGGCAUAAGUAACCGAACAAAACUCUUGAGGGAUAAAAUCAUUCACCGAACCCCCUUGUGGAAAUGACAGAUGAUGAAUCAUCCUGAAUUCGCCUGGUUGCUUCUUGGGGAUAACCCCUAGAGGAGAAACUCUCAGGUUGUCUAAGGGAGGCUGAUCAAAAGGCCCUAUUAUUCUUCCUGCAUGUAUUUCCUUAGCUAAUUUAUUGUCCACUAUUUCUGGGUUGUUUAUUGCUGAAACUAAGUUGCCUGAAAAAUGACCAGUAACAGGCCCUUGAAAAUGUAACUGAAAACCUUCCGUAAAGCCUUUUUGCAGGCUCUCGUUCAAAUGGGUAGGGUAACCUUGCAAGAAAAACAAUAAGCUAUUGACUUUGACUGGUGUUGGAAGUGCUCCUGGGGUGGGGAAUGCUGAACUUUGUUGGGUUUGGCCCCGCUGUAGAUUUUGAGGGUUGCCUGCACUUGGUAAUAGCGUGCUGUUGUCCACAGCGGAAACAUUGGUGCAGGUAGGAACAUCCGUUGCACGACAUACCCUUGUGGAAUUUCCAGCAAUAGCCCCGGGGUACAAACGGGGAAGUUGCCCUAGGCUUUCCUGAGGUUGUUGUUGUCUUGGCCCGAAAGGAAUGGGCACGUAGCCAUAAUUCGGAAUGAAUCUGAUCCCAGGGGGCACCUUGGUUUUCCCGCAACCUUCUAAAAUGUUCAUCAUAAAAGUGCCAAUUGGCCCCCUGGGUUGCUAACUCCUUGACCACUGAUGCAUAUUUCAUCAGGGCUGGCGUAUCAUGAGGUGCCUUUUCCGAAUAUGUGGCUACAAAGACUUGGAAUGCUGAUUGCCACUGGUCAAUGGUUUGCAGUGACUGUUUCUUUUGGUUGGAGGCAAUUACUAUGGAGGGUUGUCCCCCAUUGCUUCUUUCUAUCUUAAACACAAACUCAUCUUCUGCUUUACUCACAGUGUUAUUUAGCAGGACAGUGAAAUCUACAUAUUCGUUUGCCCAUAUUUGGGCUUUGACUUUUUGGGGCACUCUUUGCCCGAGUGGUAUCGCAGCGGACAAGAAAGAGUUCUUACUUGUACGGGGUGUGUCCGUGGGCGGCACUGUCCCUGUCAACUGCUUAACUGCCUCCUCUACUGAUCUGGUGACCGUGGAAUGUGUAUUUUCUUCAACUUGGCUCCGAGACACUGACCGGGAGAUUUCCAGCCCUGAACUUGAAGCAGGGGCAGGAGCUGGCACAGGGUCUGGGACAAACUGUAUUUGGGCAGAGGUCAAGUUGGUGGAUGAGGGGAAAAAACCUUUGCACACGGCGGUGUGAAGACAAAGUGGCUUGUAACCUGGCCUGCUUCAACUUAUAUAUCACCCUGGACAUCACGUCCCGGAUGUAACCACUAUUCACAUGAUCUAAACUUAAACUCUGCCCCGGAUAACUAAGCAGGACGCAUAAAAACAUUUACUCCCUCUCCUGGAGUAAAUCUCCUUUAAAACGAUCGUGCCUCCUCUAGUUACGUAGACUUAACAAGAGGAACAGCUGGGAGAAGGGCUUUAGUAAAACUACGAAUAAGUAAUCGCAAACUAAUGAUAGAAAUAGGCAGAUACAAUCAAACUACGAAGGAUAAUAGGAAUUGCCCUUUUUGGGGAUACAAUGCAUACUCUAUGAUGGAAUAAAUUUUACUAUAAAGUCAAGACUCUGAUUCCAAAUAUUACCCAGUUACCUAUAAACGGUUUGAUCCAUGAACUGACGAAAUCUCCUGAUUCCUUUAUCAAUAUACCAUUCAUAAAAUAUAUUUCAGCUUGAAUUUUGAUGUUCGUGACAAAUUAUUAUCAAAGUAACGUAAUUGCCCUGUGUUGUAAUUUUGAUUCCUAGACAUAGCUUUUGCAAUACUGCAUGUGUUUGUAUGGUCAUGCAAAUAAAGGUCGUUGUUGUUGUUGUUGUUACCCCUGAGUAAUUAUUAUUCCAUUUUCAAAGCACUGAAGCAAACAAAAACUGAGCCAGAAGUUCAAACGUUGCGUAAAUUGACCGAUAUUGCAAAUUAAAAUCGAAAAGGAGACCUACUCUUGAGACUUUUGUAAAAUCCUUUCUCAACUGAACUGUUUGUUUGCCGAAAUUAAUGUUCAACGUUUGUUGAUAAAGGAGAACCUUAAAAACUAAAAGGAUGUAUUUGGCGGCCCUAUUGUUUUUCUUCAUUCCGGGGAGAGAGGUCAUGUAGCGGCUCUUCUAACCCUAAAAGCCAAAUGGUUUGCCACCCUAAACUAAAACAAUGAAAAUAAUGAUGAACAAUGUUGUGUUAAUGUUUUCGCCGACCGAUGAAAAGACGGUGCUUACGAGCAGGGAGAGUAUCGUACGGUCAUAAGGUUCAGUCGGUAGCCGCGCGAUCGUUAGUUCAUAAAUUUCUUCAACGUUCCCCGGCAUGAACCAAGCCUAAAAGAUUAAUGAUGGGUUUAUUGUGAGCUUUAUGUCUAGUUUCGAUCAGUGAAAGAUUUAAUUCUACACGGAAAUUUAAAAAAAAAAACAAAAAAGUCAUCCUCGAAAACUGUCAAUCACAAUAUAGAAGGAAUAUAUACCUCUUUUAAUUCGACUUGUCAGUGUUUACCAAGGUGGUUCAGUGGAUAGAGGCGUUAACUUUUAGUUAUAGCUGAUUAUGAGGGUCUGGGUUCGAAUCAAAUGGAAUAACUUCUCACUAUAGCGGACAACCUCGAGCCGUGACUUCGUCGUAUAAAUAUGCAGCACAGAAGAAAAACGAAAAAGCUAACCCUUUUUGAUCAAGUUAUUAUACUUAUCUAGUUUAACGUUUAAACUCGAAGCUUAAUAUAGUGUAAAAUAAUUAUAAUUUACUUUUACCGGUAUCACUUGUAAUAAUAAUAAUAAUAAUUUAAAAAGACUUGAUUUGAUGAUCAGAUUAAAUGAAUAUAGCUUAAACUGGUACAAACGUGUAGCUGUUUCGUUAGAGAGGGUAGAGUUGGUGGAUUGAGCCGAUUAAAUGUCACCCUGUCAGGGUGACAUUUUGGGCAAGAAUGUUUUUCCAAGGUGAUAACUGUGAUUGAUUUUGUCCCCGUAUUUUGGCGUAUUCCAAAUCAUAAAGGCAUUGUUAUUUAUUUAACUUUUCACUUUUUAGGCUUUUAAACCUGACUCAAAUUUUCAAACUUAAUUUCAAACUUAAUCACCUCGCAAUGAAAACUGCUCAAAAUAAGUUUUAAAAUCUUUAUUUUAUUAUUAGUUGUGAUAAUUGAUAUUUCGCAUUUAAAGUAAUUAUUGCCAUACCUUAAAUUUACGCUUAUCAACUUCGUCAGGAGGGCCUAUUAAGGGACGGUUGGUGGUUGGGGGCGGAUGGCUUAUAACCGCACUCAAAUUCAGACAAGGUACACAAAAGUGCUGAUCAAAUGCAAGCUAGAGGUGGGGGAAGCUUAUAACCUUACGUAUUUUUUUGUUUACAGGUAGAUGGCCCUAUAACUAAGGGAGAAGGGGUUAAAAAAAAGAAACAUACGGUAUUCCCUCUUUUAUUAAGCCCUCCUGAGGAUCCUCAAGACAAAAAUGAUCAUUUUUUAUUUUGAUUCCUGGUUUUUAGGAUUUUGACUAAGACGAUGCAACCCUGGUUGACUGCAGCGUUUUCAUUGUUUCUGGCAUGCUCGGUGAAUGGUCUGGACGUGGUUUUAAACGACACGUGUGCUGGUCAGAGUGAUAUAAAUGAAGUUGCAAAUAUGAUCCAGGAAAUUGACAUAAAACUCGACCAACAGAGCUUAAAGCUGGAUAAAGUCAUCCAACUUUUACAGGGUAAGCUGGGUAAAAUGGCUCUCCUCCCAGCAUGGUCAACAUGAAAAACGGUUCUUAUUUUAGUGAUUCUCAUCUGAAGACGUGUCUCAAGCGCACUGUUAAAGUUAGAAAGAACUAACCCAGCCCCCAAGCUGGUCAAUUUGUUCCUGCGGACCCAAUGCCUUAUUCACAGUCUCUCCUAACCCUCGGCUAGCAAAGCUGGAAGUGGUUUCUUUCCGGCAUGGCGUUUAUAUUAGCAUGUACGGAGUCGUUCGCGUCGCUGACCUCUCGAAUUCUGAGUUUUGUACGUCUCUCGGGGAAGUAAAUAAGCCAACUUAGGCGAAUGUCGGCAACACGAGCCACUCCGUACAUACUUACGGCCGUAUAUGACUCAGUUAACAUUUUCUUCAAAUUUUUAAUGAACAUUUGCGUUAAAAUCUGCAUUUUGGAGCAAAUUGUAGCCAUCGUAUUGUGCAUCUGUAUUUCUUCAAUCAACAACGGCUCCACUAACAGAGGCUGGUCUGCCUGUGCUGACGUUAAAUUGACAUUAAAUAUCGUCUUCCAUUCUUCCAUCCAUAAUUUCUUCCUUAUGUCCUUACCAAUACUUAAUACUUACUUACUUACAUACAUACCUACUUAUUACAUACUUAUUUACUUAUCGAUACUUACUCACUUACGAUUACUAGGUGGGUCAGGUGGCGUCGGAGGUAGCGGACAAUCGAGAGUUUCUAGUUGCAAGGAACGUUUUAAUAAAGGAUCGUGAGUACAACAUAAAUAGUUACGUCAUGUUAGUAACAUUUCUUGUUAUUUUUGGGUUUCGUCAUAUAACAACCAACCUUUUUGGUUUUUCAUAGUAUCUUUCUUUAGUUCAACGGCUUUUUUCGCCUCUAAUAUAACCAGGCGCCCAGAUCAGCUGUAACUCCAUUGCAAAUUAACGGCGGCUUGAGAAUGGCGCGUGCACGUGCAGCACAUGCAUGCCCGGUUAGCGUUGUCCUAAGGGGAUAAAGUGACUCCAAUGGUUUUUAUUAAAACAAUUAAUAAGGGCUGCAGAGUUUCUAGUAAAUGCGGUCCUCUGCCGAUUAAAUUGUAUUUAUAAUGAAAGCGCUUCUUAAUUUUUCGAGUUUUAGGGCGGCGCUCUUUCAAGUAACUGCGAUUUUCAUUGGAUAUGAGGGCCUUGUUACAUUUGUGGUCCAUCUGCUUAUAACAUUUGAAGGCUUUAUUACAUUUGAAGUCAAUUUUCACAUUUGUGGCUUUAACGGCCUAACUAUCCGUUUUACUGCUUUCCGAGCGGGUACAUAUUUUUUUUUUCCUAGCGGGUACAUAUAAUUUUUAAUUAAGGCCACACUCUACCCGAUUCGGCUGGUGUUACAUUAACUUGGCUUGGCUGUUGUAGAUUGCUCCAUAAAAAUUUUUCUGUCCGACGAGUGAUCAAAAGAUUUUUAUAUUCUAUUGUUAUAUUUAUUCCUGUUUUUUUUUUUUUUUUUUUUUUUCACCAUUAAAACUCAAUCGUUUAUUGCAUCUGAUAGACAUUCAUUUAAUAAAACAUGCAAAGAAAACAAAUCUUUCUUUAUUUCAGUGCCUCAAAAAACUAUCAUUUAUCAUAACUCAAUAUCCGUUUACUAGGAUGCGUCAAAACAAAGCCUACUUGCUGAAUGUGGGGUCUGAAAUAAUUCCUGUGUACUGUCAUAUGGAAGGUACAACUCAGCUUGAAGCAUGCGGAGGAGGUGGAUGGACUCUGGUCAUGAAGAUCGAUGGCGAAAAGGUAGCAGCGGCAUAGAAACAACUUUAUUUAUUAUUCAUUAAAAAUAUAUUGCACAUGUUCAUGAUUGGCUCCAGUCCAUCGACUAAUUCUUCAUAAUCAACCGGCGUUUACCAUAUUUGGAAGAUGUAGGAAAUAUAUAUGAUCGAUUCGAUGGUAAAUUGCCUAAUAAUAACCCAUCAAUCAACCUCGUUUCCAGCGUCGCGGCAGCGUAGUUGCUUACGCCUGAGUGAAAACAAGGCGCUCAGGGCUAUCCAAAGACAAAAUAGCCGAAUUUCUAAACAAUACUCAGCCUCAUUCAAUAUUAGUUAAUUUUUAUGCAGUUCUGUCACCAUCUCAAUAGUCCCUUUGAAGCAAGUCACUCAGUCACGUGAUUCGCUUUGUCUCGACCUCUCGUAUAUAUAGCCAGUCAUAUAAUAAAGCCUCUUCACAGGUUCACUAGUAGAACCAUGAUGGCGGUCAUUGACUAUCAUCACGACGAAAUGUUUAGAGGAAUCUCGCCAUAUCACGUCAUUACUACCUUAGCGUGGGUAUUUAUUACAUUAUUUAAGGUCGUCUUAGCCUAAUUAUUCUCAAAACUGCAUGUGGAGGGGGAGUAGGUUGGAUGUGGCUGUUUCCAGAGCCCAGACGACCAAACUGAAUAGUCUUGCCAACUUUUGGAGCAGAAUGUGACCAAGAACAUGUGAAAACGGUCUGUUAAUUGACUACAUAUAUAUGACCAUCAUUUUCUUCUUUAUCUGUUCAGAGAACCUUUCACUACGAUUCCAGAUUGUGGACCGACAAGAGGGAGCAUCAUCCUUCUUCAGGGAAUACCCUGUUUGAUCAUCAAGAGACAAAAUUACCCACCUACUGGAGCACACCAUUUUCUAAGGUCUGCCUCGCUAUGAAGAUCGGUAGCCAAGUUAAAUCGAUCGUCAUCUACAGAAACGCAAACUCCUUGUACUCCUUGAUCGCUGACGGAAAAUACCGUCCGACUUCACUGGGUCGUAACACCUGGAAGAGGCUGAUUGGCGAACAGGCUUCGCUGCAGAGAAAUUGUAAUCGAGAGGGUUUCAAUUCUGUGACAUCAUCAAGCAGGGCAAGAAUUGGCAUCAUUGGCAACAACGAAAAUGAUUGCAAGACGUGCGACUCUAGAAUUGGGUUUGGUACCGCAGGGCAGCUUGAUGAUAGCAACACCUGUGGAAACGUGGCAAUGUAUGGUGGGGACAAUGGCGAUAAGCACAUAAAAGCCAUGGGUUACAUCUUGGUGAAAUGAGUUUCAAAAAAUCGGGUUCCAGUUCACGCGCCGCACAAUGAUCAAUGGAUUUUGCAACGCUUAUAGAAAAUUGUAGACUUAUAUUAGGCAAUAGAGACCUUUAGAUUCGAGGACGAGAACGACCACGAGUACGAGAUUUUAUAUAAAGUUUUUUCGCAUAUUGUCCAAAAAUAGACACCCCGGAAUUCUUCAUUGUACUUUUUUCACCAGAAAAGUUAGCACUGUUACCUCUCCCGAUUGCAAAAUGCUAAAACUUCUAACAUUUGUUGACUUGUUCCCGCUACUACGACACUCUCGCUAAAACUCGUAGUAGAAUGACGACGGCUACCACGUUUCCCGCCAAAAUGACGCUGCCUAACGCGCGAGCACUACUUACUUUAGAGAAAAUUUCGUACUCGUAAUCGUUCUCGUCUCAUAAUCUAAAGGUCUCUAAAUAGUUAAGGCCAG